GGGUCGGUUCCCCGGGGGCGUGUUCCAGCGGGCCAUGACGACGUCCUAGCGGCAGCGACGUCGUGGCAGAGCCUGCAUGGGAUGGCCGACGUGUACUCGCAGGGCAUGGUCAGCGUGCUGAACGACCUCCGGCGGCGACGGGUGUUCACCGACGCCGAAGUCGUAUGCACCGACGAUGGCAGCCAAUUCCCGGUGCACCAGGUGCUCCUGUACGCCGCCUGCCCGCUGUUCCGUGAGCCGUCCCCGGGAGGAAACCAACCGGGCCCGGCCAACACAAUCAACGUCGCCGCCGUCACACCAGGGGCGGCAGCGGCGCUCGCGCCCGCAGAUGAUGUGGGCGCCGCCAUAGCGACGACGAAGCAGGGGCCCGCUGCGCCGACAGAGGCCGGCGGCGGCGAGAUGCGCAACGUCCCCGUGGCCGGGGUGCGCGGUGACGUCAUGGCCGCCCUGCUCGAGUACGUCUACACCAACAAGGUGACGGUGAACAGCGACAACGUGCUCAGCAUGCUCCUGGCGGCGCAGCGGUUCCAGAUUGAGAGAAUCGUUCAAAAAUGUCACGAGUUCCUUACCAAAGACAUCAGCGUAGCCAACUGCGUCCGCAUAUUGGAGUUCGCAAGGGAACAGAAGCACCCCAGCCUCGUCGACAUGGCUGUAAAUUUUAUUUCCGGAAAUUUUAACGAGGUCACCAAAACGAACCAAGAUUUCGUCCGUAUCUCCUACGAUGAUCUCAAGGCUCUGCUAAGCUCUGACGAGCUCAACGUUGCCGACGAAGGCAAAGCGUUUUCAGCGGCUAUAAAGUGGACCUCAGCUGAUGCGCCAAACAGGCAUCGCUUCCUACCAAGUCUUCUCAGUGCUAUAAGAUUCGGGCUCUGCAAGGUGUCGUUCCUCCAAGAGGAAGUCUUUCCGCAUCCCAUGCUCGAUGACGUUGACUGCCGCGCCGUACUUGAGCCAGUACACGGACUUCUGGAACAGCUGGAGAUCCACGAAGGUCCCAGGAUGAUCAACCUUACGCAUCCCAUGCUAAGGCCCAGGAUACCAAGGCAAGUAAGACCUUGGCAGCGACGUAGGAUGGCACGAGCAAAAGUUACAGCUCCUGGACCGUAUUUUGGUCCAGGAGCUCGGCACAAAGAUCACGUUCAUGAACCGGUAUCGGACGUUCUGUUCGUGAUCGGUGGCUGGAGUAAUGGCAGCGCUACGAACCUCGUCGAGUCGUACGACUGCCGCGCCAACCGGUGGCUGAUAUUUCCCAACGACAGGGACAUCAUGCCUCGGGCAUACCACGGACUCGUCGCGCUGGACGGCCUCAUCUACAUGAUUGGCGGCUUCGAUGGAUCCCAGUGCUUCAACUGCGUCCGUUGUUUCAACCCACUCCUGCACCGCUGGACGGAGCGCGCGUGCAUGCACGUGGCCAGGUGCUACGUCAGCGUGGCGGUGCUCGAGGGCAAAAUCUACGCGCUGGGCGGCUACGACGGCGACCGGCGCACCAACACGGCCGAGCGAUACGACCCGGCCUCCAACACGUGGUCGCUCAUCGCCGAUAUGAACGACCAGCGAUCGGACGCCUGUGCCACGGUCGUCGACUCGAAGGUGUACAUCGUAGGAGGUUUUACCGGGCAGCAAGUGCUGAACACGGCCGAGUUCUACGACCCCAAGGUGAACGUGUGGACCUACAUCCGGGCCAUGACCGUGCCUCGCAGCGGAGUCCGGGUCAUCAACUACCAGGACACCGUCUACGUGCUCGGCGGCUUCAACGGAACCAACAGGCUUUCCACGGGUGAAAAGUACGACCUUCUGAGAGACCGCUGGCUCGAGCUGCCCAACAUGCACACGCCGAGGAGCAACUUCGCAGUCGCCGUGCUCGACGACCUGCUCUUCGCCAUUGGCGGAUUCAACGGAACGACGACCGUGCCGUUCGUGGAAUGCUACGACUCCAAAACCAAUAGCUGGCGACGGGUCACCGACAUGAACAUCAACAGGAGCGCCCUCGGAGCCUGCGUGGCUGUUAACCUUCCAAACUCCAGGGAGUUCUCUGUUGUGGCCCGGUUCUCCCGCAAAUCGGUCCGGCUGCUUGACAGCUUCCUGCCCGCCUCCAUUCGCAAGAGGAGACAAAUUUCCAUAGCUAGGCGGAGACGGCUCUGACACACGAGUAA